AGUCGAACGACGGCCUCCGGCUAGAAGGAACCUCUGUGAGCUAGUUCGACUCUAGGUUUUGGUUUAACUGGUCGGAAGAAAUAAUCCAAAUGGCCGCCGUAAUAAUUUGCUUGUUGGCAGUCUUGUGCAGUUUCCUACACCAAGGUCUAGCGAUAACAUGUUACCAGUGCAACAGCCACAAUGACUCGCGAUGUCUAAUGGACAAGCUGCCUGAUUCCCUCCGGCUGCCAUGCGGGCCCAAGGACACGAUGUGUCGCAAGAUCAGCCAGGUCGUGGAGUUCGAGAUGAACGGCAUGCCGCCAGACAGCCGUGUCAUAAGAGGCUGUGGGUGGGACGAGAGCAGCUAUAAGGAUCGCUGUUACCAGCGCUCCGGAUUUGGAGGUCGACAGGAGGUCUGCUCUUGUCUGGUAGACGGAUGCAACUCGGCUUCCAUCCCUGCAGGUGCUACAGCUCUCAUGUUGUUCAUUGCUGCAUUACUGAGGUUCUAGCUUAACCAAGUUCACCCUAGUCAAGGUAUUUCGUUGGUCUAAUUUAGAUUGAUGUGAUGUUAAAGUUAUUUUGAAGAUUUCUUAAUGACAUACGUCUCGGUUUAGUUGGAGUAUCAACGCUAUAAUAUUUAAGAUUAACUCAAAUACUGAUACUGUGAUGUACUUUAGACGGGGGCUUAAUAACCUCGCAGCAACUAUAUUACAAACAUCACAAACAACAACAUUUGUUCCAUGAUUUUUUACAAAACAUAAUCAAUUUACCAAAACUUUAAAGAUUUUGUUGUACUGUCUGUCACUUUUUACACUUAUAUUUGGUAGUAAAUUAAAACAUGCUAGUGUCCUUCUCGACGACCCCCACUUUCUCUUGUUACCGCACAGAACUACCAACGUUUAGAAAUAUCUAUUUAAUUUUAUUUUUAUACGACAGUAAUAUCUGGGAGAAUUAUUAUUUUUAGCAGUAGAGCUGCUUGUGAAAGAGUUCGUCCAGGUUAUUACUGCCACCUUA